CGGUCACUCCCAUCAUCCUCAUCACCAUCACCAUCCCCGCCAUCCUCUGAGGUGUGUCUGCGCCGCUGCAGCUGCAGACAGAGACAGGAGACAGACAGGACCGACUGAAAACGACCCGUUCACUCUGUCCCGAUCCGGUUUUCACGGAACAUGGCGUCGAAAUGUCCUAAAUGUGACAAGACGGUGUAUUUCGCGGAGAAGGUGUCGUCUUUAGGGAAAGACUGGCACAAGUUCUGUCUGAAAUGUGAGCGCUGCAACAAGACUUUGAAUCCAGGAGGCCAUGCUGAGCAUGAUGGGAAGCCUUAUUGCCACAAGCCCUGCUACGCUGCCCUCUUUGGACCAAAAGGUGUGAAUAUCGGCGGAGCUGGUUCCUAUGUGUAUGACACUCCUGUCAACGAAGCCCCUGCAGCCGUUUCCAUGGAAACAGAUGCUAAACCACAGGAGGAGAAAAAAGCCCCUGCACGGGGACCAGUGAAGGCUGCAAGCUUUUCAUCUUUCUCUGGAGGACCCAACAUCUGUCCCAGAUGCAACAAGACGGUAUAUUUUGCUGAGAAGGUGUCGUCUCUCGGGAAGAACUGGCACCGGCCCUGUCUGCGCUGUGAGAGAUGCAGUAAGACUCUGGCUCCUGGCAGCCAUGCAGAGCAUGAUGGACAGCCGUACUGCCACAAACCGUGCUACGCUGUGCUGUUUGGACCCAAAGGUGUAAACACUGGAGGCGUCGGCAGCUACAUCUAUGACGACCCUGAAGCUGAAGCACAGCCCUGAGCCCUGACGCUGCCUCCAACACCCAGACGAAGUUACCGCCUCCCGGACCCUCAAUGUUUCUUUGAUUUGCCUUCAAACAUCAUGGUGACAAAUGAUAUGUACUGCACUCACAGGGAUGGAUAUUUAGAUGUUUUUGUUGUAUUUGUAUAUUGUUUAUAUAUCUAUUUUUUGUACUGAAACAAACCUUUAAUAUGUCCUCCCAUGUGAGUUUCAGAUUUGCCUUUCAGUUUCUCGGUUCUCUUUGCCAAAUACUUAUUAGCCUAUUAUGUGGUGGAUUAAAGCGCCUGUGUUUUUUCACUCAUGAUUAAUAGAUUUUUGAACUUUUGUGCACUUAAGACAUGUACUGUAUGAAAAAAGUACCAGCCCACAAAUUUAUCGUCAGUGUUUUUUGAACAAGUUCAUCCUGGCUUUACAAAUGAAUGACGACAAUGUAGAUGUAGUGAAAAUACACACAGACACGUGUUUUACUGAUUGUCAUGAAGCUGAGUUUUGGGUCUGUUUUGAGCAAAAAGUGAUCAAACGUUUUCUACAGUAAAACUGUGUGAUACUAAA